GGCCCGUUCUCUCGCGUCUGCGAGCGCUGGAUGUACUUCACCACCAGUGACUGAUCGUCCAGACGAGACGAGCGCUGGAUGAUACUGGCGGCGGGGGUGUUGCGGUGGGAAAGGGACGAUACCGCUUUUGACAGCAGCAGACGAACUGCUGUCUGGCGCGGAUGUUUGAAACUCGUGCUCGACUUGUGUUUUUUUCAGUAGGUGUUCGGGAUACAUGUAUGCAUCGUUGGCUGCGAGGAAGGACUCGCUGAGUCGCGGAUUUUAGAGAGCGAGGCGGUGUGACUUGGAGAUUGAGAAGCUUGUGUGUCGUGUCCCUGUGAUGACGGCUGCUCUUGUUGGUGUCGUCUGCUAACGUUGAUAGUAACCUUGGCCGCACUGUGUGGAGUGUGAUAAUAUUCGCUCUGUGUGUGCGUGUGUGGUGUGCGUCUUGGAUAGCAGUUCCCAGCGAGAAUCACCUAAGUCUCAUAGGUGGAUGAACAGUGGCCCAAAGACUACCAGUGGUGUAGUUGAGGCACAAGCUGGAACUCAGAGUUACAUCUACACAUUGACAAAAGCUGACCCAAGAGCUCGACUUGUUGUGGAACUUGGAAGGUUUCUUCUUUGACAGAACCCAUACUGUCGCAGAUACAAUACACUACUGGCACUGGAGCCAAUACAAUGCUGGCUUGCCUGUUUCCCCGCGGUCCGCAGCAGUUUACGAGAGAAAGCAGAUUCAUUCAUAGAUCGACUUCGCCGAACCAUUGAGGACCCGAGCGGCCCGCGCUAAGGUGGUUCAGUCCAUUCACAGGCGCAGCGCAGUAGUGGACUUGGCAUAACGUUUUUCACCGCGCUUUGUGUUACGCACAUAGCAAGGCGAAGGUCGUCGGAGUUGGGGACAGAAUACAGAAACAUGUGGCUCUCGGGCCUUGACGGUCUUCCAACCCUUGCCUCCUGCAGGCAACGGGAAGAGCUCGCGGACUCACCUUGCGCUCAUCGUCAUUCUAAUCGUCGUUCUUUGUCUAUUUCCACUGAAGAUACUAGUGACUCACGUCUUCGCCACUGCUGUCAUCGUCACCAGUCGGAGUGCACGGGUAUUGAUGACGACAUUUCUUUUAUUGCUCACAACGAAACCGUUGACCCUUCGGCUUCUCAGUGCUCACGCCAACUCGUGUGUGCUGGUGACGUCAUGGUGAAAGACUCUAGCUGCCUAGUGUGUAGGAGUGCAGGGACUCCCGACAGCACUGCGAGUGCUACCACCUCCACCACUACAACAACAACAACAACCAGCACCAGCAGCGCCUCGAGCAGCACCAGACUGGCUCUGUCACUCUUCCUUGUUGUGUCUUUGCUCAAUGGAACUUCUGCAGCUGUCACAGGUUUCCACUUUCCGGAUAUUAAACAGGAGAGAUUUGCUCGAGACCUCUCCCAGUUCCACAUCUCAUGGCCGAGUAGGGUAGACCAUCAGGGAGAAUUCGUUUCACACGAGCUUCAAGCAACAGACAAUUUGGUGCGCAAACGAAGAAGUGCUGGAGAUCCACUCGACAUAGGCGUACCUCUAGAAGGAGAGAGCUCGGGCCAAGCUGGGGAGGACUUAGUGCACUAUAAGAUUUCUGUAGAUCCCAAGCGAGAUGUGAUAGUCAAAGUGAAGGAAAGCAAACUAUUGGUAGCACCCGGGGCCGUGAUUGAACGCAAGGUGUCCAAGUUUAAGAACGUAUCGGAUUCUGUGUUUUCUACUUUGGACCACCAGAAAGGAUGUCAUUUCACUGGGGAGGUGCCUGGGCAGAGUAGCUCUCUGGUGGCUCUGCACACCUGUGACGGGUUGAGAGGAUUUUUGCAACUCGAUGAAGAGGAGUACCUGAUCGAGCCUGUGAAGGGACACGAAUCAUCAUCCAUCGGCAGCCGACCCCACCUGGUCUACAAGCGCUCCGCCAUCCCAGAGCACCUCGACUUUGUCUCCAGGUCGAAGCGGCAUGAGCCGGCAUGCGGAGUGCAAGAGGAAUACAACCGGGUUCUGGAACACCGGGAGAGAUGGGAGCGACGCCGCAGGAGCACGUCCCGUGCCCAGAGCUCAGAGAAGACAUCGGGUCACAGCCGCCAGAAGCGGUCUAUCUCUAUAGAGAGGCAUGUGGAGACACUGGUGGUGGUCGACCCAGAGAUGGUUCAGUACUAUGUCUACGAGGAUAUCGAAACCUAUGUCCUGACUGUGAUGAACAUGGUUGCUGCUUUGUUCCAUGAUGCUUCCAUUGGAAAUGCGAUUAACAUUGUCAUUGUGAGAAUUCUGCUCAUGCAAGAUCCUGAUGAGGAGCUGAAAAUAACCCACCAUGCUGACAAGACCCUCAAAAGUUUUUGCAAAUGGCAGAAAAAUAUCAACUUCAGGGAUGACGACCACCCAAACCAUCAUGAUGUUGCAGUGUUGUUGACAAGGAGAAACAUCUGCUCUCGUAUGAACGAGCCAUGCAGCACCCUGGGAUUAGCCCAAGUGGCAGGCCUGUGCCAGCCUCAUCGUACCUGCAGUAUCAACGAAGACACCGGUUUGUCUCUAGCCUGGACUGUGGCUCACGAGAUGGGACAUAAUUUUGCCAUGAAGCACGACAACGGUCAGGACAACUGUAAGUCAGAUGAUGUAAUCCAGUAUGUCAUGGCCCCCCACCUCACCUGGGAUAAGACUCCCUCAAAGUGGUCCAGCUGCAGUAGAGCAUCCAUCACCAAGUUUCUAGAUCGCAACUGGGGCUACUGUCUAGAUGAUCCACCAGGACUUCAUGAAUUCAAGUAUCCUGAGCUUCCUGCUGGGACCAUGUACGAUGCUGACCACCAGUGUCGACUCCUGUAUGGGGAUGGUGCUGAGAGGUGCAAUGGCAUAGAAGUGCUGGAGAAUAUCUGCACUACCCUGUGGUGUAGAGUGAACAACAAGUGCUCAACAAAGCUUCAGGCAGCUGCAGUAGGGACCAUCUGUGGCAAAAACAAGUGGUGUUUUGCUGGCCAAUGUGUGGACAUUGGAGAAAGACCUCAGGCUAUUGAUGGUCAGUGGGGUCAGUGGCAAGAGUGGACCUCGUGCACUCGCACAUGUGGCGCCGGAGUAUCUUUGUCCCAGAGGCAAUGUAACCACCCACCGCCAUCAAAUGGAGGCAGAUACUGUACAGGAGAGAGAAAACGAUACAGAAUAUGUAAUACAGAUCCUUGCGAUGAGGAGGCUCAGAGUUUCAGAGCACAGCAAUGCGCAGAAUUUAAUAAACUUCCAUACAAGGGUUCAAAGUAUGAAUGGGAACCUAUUUCCACGCCAGAGACACCAUGUCAGCUGCACUGCAAGCCCAAAGACAUGUUCUUCUCGGUGUUGUUGAAGGAUAUUGUGACUGACGGAACGCCUUGUGUUAUGGGAUCUAGACACAUGUGUAUCUCUGGAAGAUGCAGGCAUGUGGGAUGUGACUGGAUAUUAGACUCCAGUGCAACAGAGGAUCGUUGUGGAGUUUGCUUUGGAGAUGGUUCAACUUGCAAGACUAUAAAACAGCAGUUCAAGGAAACCAAAAAAUUAGGUUACGUGGAAGCUACUGUGAUUCCAGUUGGAGCUAGGAACAUUCGGGUCGAAGAAGUUGCAGAAGCCAGUAACUUUUUAGCUCUACGCAAUGAUGCUGGAGAGUACUAUCUCAAUGGUCAUUGGUUCAUUCAGUGGUCGGGUGACUAUGAAGUUGCUGGAACAGUUAUACACUACAAAAGAAUAGGAAACAGAGAAAAGUUUUUGGCUCCUGGACCCCUCAAAGAACCGUUGCAUAUCAUGCUUCUGAUGCAGACCCACAACCCAGGCGUAGAGUUUGAGUACACAGUCCCCAAGGAGAAUGCCACAGACAACAGAAAACCAGAAUUCAGUUGGGACUUCAUGGGAUGGUCUCAUUGUACCGUUUCCUGUGGUGGGGGUAAGUUAUGGACACAUAACUCAUUAUGGAGGCGCAUAUUGGUCAUUCGAAUACUUGAAGACUCGGUGUUCUGGAAUACUAAAAGAAGCAUAACUUUGUGUAUUCAUACAAAGAUUUCAGUUCUUUUUCCUUUAUAUAAGAUACUUUUAAAAGUAAAUGGAACAUUCUAUGCACAUUUUUCUCUUGUUUUCACUACAGGAACACAAAGAUCUGCUGUUGUUUGUAAAGAACAGGAAGCAGGACUUGUGGAUGAGAUGUUUUGUGACUCAAACACGAAGCCUGAUGAUCAACUCAGAGAGUGCAAUGCUCAUCUUUGUCCUGCAAGGUGGUGGACAGGUCCCUGGCAACACUGUUCAGUUACGUGUGGGGACAAAGGCAUACAUCGCCGGACUGUGAUCUGUGUGCGGAGUCUUGGCUCAGACGAGCAGAUUGCCCUAGAGGAUGAAGCCUGUGGAGGUUUGGAGAAACCUGUGGAGGUGGAGCCGUGUCAUCACAAAGAUCCGUGUCCUGGGCUGGGUGUCUGGGUGGUGGAGGAGUGGAGCAACUGCACACGUCCAUGUGAUGGAGGAGUUCAGUUCAGGAAGGUCAUUUGCACUCGAGGCUCUCACUGUACAGCAGGAAAACCGGACGUCAAGCGAUCAUGCAAUGAGCACAAAUGUAUAAGUGAAGUUGAGGAGAAAAUGCUGGAUAUCUCAGAGGGAGGGGUAGUCCUCUCUGACUCAACACUGAACUCACCAUUACCAGCUUCAUCAGAUUUUAUACCUUAUGUCAAUGGCAGUGCAGUUUUACCACCCGGUGAUAAUGAUAAUAAUAAUGAUAGUAAAAAUGUACUCAUCGGUGACUCAUAUAAAAGCUAUACACCUCCUGGUGCUAAUGUUGACUUUGAACUGACCAAUCAAGAUACAAAUCACAAACACAAGCACAGAUAUCACCGCCAUCAUCGCCAUCAUAACAAGAACCAUCACAAGAAGAACAACGAAGAGAGCAAUAAAGCUGAUCAUGACAGUGGAAAGAAAGGUGAAGAAGACCCAACUUCCAACAAUACCGGUAACUCAGGACCACCUGAGGAACUUCAGGGAACUGGUGAUAAUUCCAAGUUUGUGUGGCAGACACUUGACUGGUCGCGGUGUUCCCGUCAAUGUGGGAAAGGAGUGAGGACAAGAGAAGUGUUCUGCAUCCAAGCACAUACCGGUGGGAGAGUCGGCCUUGACUUUUGUGCCCUAGGGACCAAACCUUCCACCAUUGAAGAAUGCUUUGAGUCUGAAUGUCUGAACUGGCAAAAAGGAGACUGGAGCCAGUGUUCUGCAACAUGUGGCUAUGCCACUCAGCAAAGACAAGUUUUGUGUGAUAAUCCAGGCAGGUGUGAUGACAGACAAAAGCCUGCAUCUGUCAGGGAAUGCAAAGAUCUGGGACCAUGUAUUGCCUGGGUGUACGGCGGCUGGAGUCAGUGUACAAAGUCCUGUGGCACUGGUAUUCAGGAGAGACUGGUGCAGUGUGUGAAUCUGACCUCUCAGCAACUUGCACAUGGCUGUAAAGCCGAUCGGAAACCCCAGAGGAAGCAGCAAUGUAAUGAACAGGACUGCCCGGAUAAUGUCAAUGCAGCCCUCAGUGUUUCCUGUGAAUCCAAUGAUUUGAACUACAAAGUAUGUAGGAUGCUGAAGAAAGUUGGCCUGUGCCACAAGCAGUACGUCCAGGCUAAAUGCUGCCGUACCUGUGCCGAUCAUUCAAGACCAAAGCCUCACAAAUCCAAAAUGGCUCGACGAUGAUUUAUUGGUCUUUGAAAGAAAAGGUGACAUUAUUUUGGGGACUGAAAAAACAAUUACAAUAUGAGCAAUACAAAGAGACUUUAAAGAACUUGUUUUUCUUGUAAAUCUGUACCUACAAUGUUGGAUAUUAUCUAUCAGCUUUGUUUUUUCUAUUUAGAUUUUUAAAAAUCCUUCCUACAUUUUAGUCAUGUUUACACAAAUUUGAAAUUUUACGAUGGAUAGUUUGACCCAAGACGCAUGAAUGACUGGAUUGGUCACUGCCGCUAAGCUUAUAACCUUCGACCUUUGAUGACACAUUUUGCGGCAUCUGCGUACCUACUGAAUGUUUACUUGAGCUACCAGUCAUGUUUGCAAGCACCUUUCUAUUGGAUUUUGGUAAUUUUGAAAAAUUCAUUUCAGUAGUAAGACUGUCACUUUUAUUGUGAGUCUGUUUGAUUAGAAGGUUGACAUUUAAAUGAGAUUUGAACUAUGAUUUGGUGCUUGAAUUCAUUCAGUUUCUUUGUGGUUAUAUUUCUUUAGUCAAUCAUGCGUUUUUGGUUUGACACCAAAAAAGUUUGCUUAAAAAGGAAAAAUUAUUCUGAUAUUUUACUGUCAUUGUCAGAUGGAGGUUUACAAUUUUUGCUUCACAAUACCAUUAAUAAUUUGUGUUUGUGAUGUUUUUGGUGUUAUAUUUUUUGCUGCAUGUUGGCAAUACCUUUUACUGUCAACGCAUCAUGCUACUCACCUUUGUGGUGUGAUAAUGAACUUUUUGCUCUGAAUCCGUUUAAUCAAACCAGUGGCACCAGUGAACACAUUGUAAUCACACAUUUUACUGAUUCUAUUUAAAGGAUAAAUCACAUCUGAUCAUGAUUCUUCACACAUCCUAUCAUAGGGUGUGGCACCGGUAUUUUGUUUUCGUGAUUAUUGUCAAAUGCUUUUUAAUGGGUAAAACUUCACAAGAACACCACACCUUCUUUGAAUUUGCACCAGGGAAGUAUUAUUUUUUUAACAAUGUCUUUUGUUUUACUUUUACUGCCCUCUAGACUGACUGGAUGAAUGUGUAUCCCCUAAUACAAAUAUAAUGUAUAUUCUCUUUGUUUUAGUAUCAGUCUUGUGUCUAAAAUUUAGAUUAAAAUUUGUAAGUCAUUUCUAAAGUUGUAUAAUGUGCAAUAGAUGUUAUGCUUUAAACUGUUCCUGCAAAGUUUUAUCAUGGUUCAUAAAUGUUUUCUUCUACUGACCAUCAAGUCAAGAGUCAUGUGUUUAUACUAGAACUGUGAGCCUAAAAUGCUUUACAGUUUUUGCUUUGUUUUUGAUUUUUUUCCUGUUCAUUAUUCUAUUUUGCCCCUAAAUCAGAAUCAAUAUUCAUCGGCACUCGGUUUCAUAGUACGAUCAUUACUAUUAUCUGUAGGAUUGCUGCACUGUAGCAAUUUAGUUUCCCUUGAAAAUUAGCACGGCAUACCAUUUAACCCCUGUUGGCUUUCUUUGGACCAGAAUGCAUGGUUUUGCAUCUAUGGCUGAAUGUAUGAACUGGAUGAAUUUUUCACUGAUGAGUUUGUGUUUCAUAGUCAGUGAUUCUGAAUGACAGAAGGAAAAGAUAAAGAAUGCUGAAAAUGAAGGCACAAGCCCUGUGACUGAGAAAAUGGCUACAAGGAUUAUGAUGAGUUGUCAGAAUAUUGUGAAAACCUGCGCAGAUUUCUGUAAGGAACUUGUGGCCUGGCAGUUGGCACUGAAUGUAAGCAAGUCACAUUUGUAUGAAAAAGUAAGUCACAGAGCUCUUGUCAUGGAAAUGUAUCCUUUGUAAAUAUUGUAAUGCACUUCUCAUGUUUCAUAUGAUAUUACGUAGAUCUUGUUCUUUCUAUUUUUUUAGCUUGUGAUUUCAUAUACUUAUUAUGUAAUGAAAACGGUCAAAAUUGUGGAACAAAGUCCUUGUGUCUGUCAAACUGAUCGUCAGGGAUUCCAUAAUGAUCAUUCCCUGGUAGCGGUCACCGAAACCUGGCUCAAGGAAGGAAUUGAUUUUCUUGUAACAGAAACUUAAUUGGCCAGUUUCUGAAUUUCCAUUCAAUUCAUGUAACUUUCAUGAAUGUCUUCACUCUUUGACUGAAUUAUACUAUAGAAGUUAGGCUACUGAAACUGAAAACCAGAUUUACCAAGUGGUCAGCUUUCUUACAUUAUUUAAUACUGAUCUUUCUGUUAGUAAAACUUGAUUAAGCUGUACACAAAGAAGUCUACUGUAUGAGAAGUGUUCACAAUACCAGUACAAUUUUAAACAGUUUGAAGCUGAGCAUCGUGACUGUCUUAGAGAUAGAAGUAUUUGACUUUAAGUUUGUCAGAACUUUUGGCAAGAAUCCCAUGGGCCUACACUUGUAUGUAGUGCUGCUAAAAAAAGUUUUGUUCUUGUUUUUGUGAAUUAAUCAUUAUAAUUUUACUGUAUAUUUCAAGGUCAUGGCUUCAUGAUUUCUUUAACCAAUCUGUUUUUAACUGCAAUUUUAUGCAAAUUCUUGAGUAAUGAUUUUUUUUUCCUUUUAAAUUAUAGAUGUUUACCGCCCCCUUUGACACAAUUUAGAUUAUUGAGGAGGUGGGCGGCUUUGACACAGCCAGCCCAGACCAACCUGGGGAUUAUAACACCCCAGCAAGCGGACAGGGAUACUCGAUAAAGAUCUUCCACUCCAAGCAAUGGAAUUCUAUAUAAUUAUACUGCUUGCAACAAUGAAGAGCCUAUGUACCACAACACCAGAGAUGCUAGUGCACAAUGUAUGAUGUGAGAUAAUGUUGCAACUGUCUAUCAAACACAAGGUUGAAUUUAGAAUAUUUCACCUAGUCUCUCUACACUUUGAAUAUUGAUAGGCAGAUUUUCAAUAUUUAGGAUUUAAAUUCACAUUAUAUCGCAGGUACAAUUUCCAUUUUUCUCUAAAUUCAAGUAACCAACAGACUGUGAAGUGAAUUGCAUUGAUAAAUUAAAUGUCCAAAGGUAAUUUCAAAAAAGUUUGUUAUAAAUUACAUUAAUGUUGAUUUGUUAUAGUGACUGAAAUUUAAAUUCAACAGCAAACAUGCUGUAGGUAACAUAAUGUCAAGAAUCCAAUAUAGAUAUCUCUAAUUAAUUCAAACUAACAAGAUCAGAUAGUAUAAUUCACCUAAUAUUAUACUUUUUCUGAAUGGCUGCAUUUGUAAAAUAGUUUGGGUUUGAUUUGUCUUGUGUUAUAUAUAUAUAUAAGAAUAACAAUCUUAAGCUUUGAGACUACUCUCUUCCAGAUGAAAUAUGUUAACUGUAUGAAUGUAGGCAGUAUUCAAUGUAAAAAAAAAUAAACUUUAUUGUGAGGGCAACAUUCGCCCACGACA